GACGUCGUAUGGGUACACCUGAUUUUUAUUGGCGCACAUUACUCGUCCAGACAUAAAAUAUAAUCCAUAAAACAGAGUUGGGAAGAAUCGCCGAGACAUAACUGAGUUACGAUUCACGAGUCAGACUCGGUCCUCAAAACCCUAACUAUGGAGUCCAUAGGCGUUCUGAUGCCCAUCCCAAUGAACUCUUAUCUCGAGACUGAGCUGGAGAAGCGCUUCAAUCUCUUCAAGCUAUGGACCUUACCCAACAAGACCCAAUUCAUAAAGGAAAACGCUGAAUCAGUCAGAGCCAUCAUCGGAAACUCAUUCUCCGGUGCCGAUGCCGAUACGAUCAGCACAUUCCCCAAUUUGGAGAUUGUAUCAAGCUUUAGCGUUGGAAUGGAUAAGGUUGAUUUGAAAUUGUGUAAGGAGAAGGGUAUUAGGGUCACCAACACGCCUGAUGUGUUGACUGAUGACGUGGCUGACCUCGCCAUUGGACUCAUGCUUGCUGUUCUGAGAAGAUUGUGUGAGAGUGAUCGGUAUGUAAGGGCCGGCAAGUGGAAGAAGGGUGAUUACAAGUUAACCACCAAGUUCACUGGAAAAAGAGUUGGGAUCAUUGGUUUGGGGAGAAUUGGGCUAGCAAUUUCGAAGAGAGCCGAAGCAUUCAGCUGUCCCAUAGCUUACUACUCCAGAUCAGAAAAACCAGGUGUGAGCUACAAAUACUACCCAACUGUGAAAGAGUUGGCUGCCAACUCCGACAUUUUGGUGGUUGCUUGUGCACUCACUGAGGAAACCCGCCACAUUGUCAACCGUGAAGUCAUCGACGCAUUGGGCACAAAGGGUGUUCUCAUCAACAUCGGGAGGGGUCCUCAUGUCGACGAACCUGAGCUAGUAUCAGCCCUGGUUGAAGGCCGAUUAGGGGGCGCUGGCCUUGAUGUCUACCAAAAUGAGCCUGAGGUUCCUGAGGAGCUAUUUGGUCUUGAAAACGUUGUCCUUUUGCCUCAUGUUGGAAGUGGCACUAUCGAAACACGCCAGGCCAUGGCUGAUCUGGUGGUUGGUAACCUUGAAGCUCACUUUCUGAAGAAGCCAUUGUUGACUCCAGUGGUUUAGUAGUACUGUGUCUCCUUGUAGUACAUGAAUGUUAAGGUCUCUGAUUGGAAGGCUUUCCAUUUAAAUGAAAUAAUUUGUAAUAAAUUUUCAAUUCUAAUAACUACAUUUAUGCUUUUCUCA